CUAAGAUUUACUCAUUUGGAAGUAUAAAAAUACUUAAAACGUUCAGGUAAUAUCAAGUCAGGAACACAAAUAAAUCUUCAGGAUAUCAUUAGCUCAGAAAUAUAAUGAUGUACGUUGGAUGUUUGUUCAGUCUUAGUAAUUAGAUUAUUCCAUCAACUGUGAACCAAAUUGAAUUUUGCAGGGCGAUGAUCAUUAAAGAGUUUCGCAUAAUACUGCCUUUAACGGUAGAUGAAUACCAUGUUGGACAACUGUGGGCUGUUGCAGAGGCAUCCAAAAAUGAAACUGGAGGCGGAGAGGGAAUAGAGGUUCUGGUAAAUGAACCAUUUAAUCCUCAAGUCAAUCCUCCUGAGUCACCUUUAAAAGCCAACGGUGAAGAAUUCUCCUCUGGGCAGUACACUCAUAAACGCUUUUAUCUGGCCAGAAAAGUACCUGGUUAUGUACGUUUGCUUGCACCGAAAGGGUCACUUGAAAUUGACGAAAAGGCCUGGAAUGCUUACCCUUACUGCCGUACAGUUUUACAGAAUCCUAAAUAUAUGCAAGAUAACUUUACUCUGAUGAUUGAGUCUAUGCAUGUACAAGAUAACGUUAAUAUCGAAAAUAUUCACAACCUUCCACCAAAGCUCUUGGCUCAACGAGAAGUUAUUUAUAUUGAUAUUGUAAAUGAUCAAUUGCACAGUGCUUCUGACUAUGAUGCAACAUGUGACCCUAGAAUAUAUCAGUCAGUAAAAACUGGUCGAGGUCCAUUAGUAGGCCCAAGAUGGUGGGAAAAUACAGAUCUACCAAUAAUGUGCGCCUACAAACUUGUCACAUGUGAAUUUAAAUGGUGGGGUAUUCAAAGCCGAGUUGAAAAUAUGAUACAGAAUCAAGAAAGGCGAAUUUUCCUUAAUUUCAACCGUCAGGUUUUUUGUUGGCUUGAUAAAUGGCACGGACUUUCUAUGGACGAUAUACGAGCUAUAGAAAAUAAAACUAAAGAAGAAUUGGAUGAACAACGCCUUGUCGGUAGUGUUCGUGGCACUGUGGCUCAUGACUAAAAUACUAGCAUUAAUUCAAAGUGAUAAUUUGCUGAUUUAAGCGGAUUGCACACUAAUAUAUAUAUAUAUAUAUUGAUGAAAUAUCCAAAUUUUUAUAUUACCGCAAACGUUUAUGUAUAUGAACAUGUUAGCCCAUUCUAUAAACAGUGCCAUAUAACCAGUUAUCUUGUUCCGAUUUCCGUCCAUAAACAGUUAAAUCAAAUCGCCUUUUUUGGAGCAAGGGACAGAAGAAAAUAAACAGUCAUUAUCUACCACUCAAUUCUUGUGAAUGAUUUCUUUCUUUUCCUUUGUUUUAUCUCACAGUGUAUGUGUGAUAUUCUGUUACUUUUUCUUAAUACUAUCAAUGACAACAUUCAGUGGUUUCCUAUAUAUACAUGUAUGUUGUUAAUUAUCUAACUGCGCCAAAUUCUAAGAUAAAUUUUUAUAAAUUACAUGAGAAUUUCAUUCCUCGGUUGAUUUUUCUUCUUUUCUAUCUAUGUUCAUUCUUUUCGUUUGUUAACUGUUGUUCAUAAAAUCAAAGUUUUGUUUAUGACUGUAUUCCUGCUUAUUAUUAAUCUUAUACUUCAGAAAAAUAAUGAUAUUAUUGUUGUCAUUAACUCAGUUUAACUAAUAUUUGUGCUGCUAAAUUACUUUUUGAAAUUUAUUACCAUACACAUUCCAAAAACUUCACAAAAGGAUACAUGUAUACAUAUUUGUUUUUUCUUGUGUUCCUUUUUAUAUUUUCGGCGCUUGUUGUCAUGUUGUUUGCUUUUGUUUUUUUUGCCUGAAAUUAGGGAUUCUACUGUCAUACCCAAUUAGAAUCUUUUUACUCAUCUCUUAUUUUGUUAAUAUUCUGACAAUUGUUGUGUUUACCUUUGAUCGUCAUCGUUUCUCGUCAUUAAUGAAGAAAAUAACCAAAUGAAGGUUUUUCUUAACUUUAUCAAUCGUUUAAAUAACCUGUCCCCUCCCUAUUUAGAAAAAUUCGCAAACUAAAAGAUAAAUAGUUCUGAAUUAUUACAUCAAUUUUCGUCUUUCCCUUUGUUCACUAAUUUUUAAUCUUUCUUGUGUGUAGGUCGGUUUAUUCAUUUGUCAGUCUGUGUUUAGCUUUGUAAAUGAUUUAAUUAAAGAAUGCAUUGAAUUAUUCGUGUCGAAGUUAUUAAUAUCGAUGUUUAAUGAUAUUCUGUCUUCUCUUAUUUUUCACGGGAAGGUUGUAACAAUUGCUAAAAUUAUAUUUCUAAACUUAUCAGUUCGUAAUGCAAUGUAGUUAUUCGGAUUAGUUAAGUAAUGUUAACUAAUUUCUCGUUCAUUCGCUUAGCCUUGAUAAAAAAAUAUAUUCCUUUCAUUAUUGUAUGUGUAGUAAACUAAAUGACCCGAUACUUCAGUUAAGUGAGAUAGUAUUAUGCAUCUUUGAUUGCAAUUUGGAAUGCUAUGUGCUCGAAUUUCUCAGACGGAUGUCUUUUUGAUAAAUGCUAAUCUUAUAUGUAAGAUUUGUCCAAAAGGUUUUUGGUUAAUCACCUUUGUAUAUCAAAAGAAUUAAUUCACAUAGUUGUUAUGCCAAGUUCUACGUUUUUCAUGAAUAACCGAUUAACAUGGUUAUUAUGAAUAUUGUCAUUCUUAGAAUUAUAUCUCAUAAACUAGGUUUACGCAUUAUGUAAAAGAAAUCGAAUUGUAAUUAAUUAUAUCACUGAUCAAAUAAUGUGGUUAAAUGGUAUCAAUAAAGUCAUUUUAUAAAAAGAAUUAUCAAGGACGAAGACCAAAACGAUAUUAAUAAAAAAAGUGGGUUAACACAGCGGUGAUCCCAUAUCAUAAAGGCAUUUCAGAAGGAUCCUAACUUCAAAAUACAAGAGUAUUCUUUCGAACAAACAAUAAUCUAAGACCAAAACUAGUAAAAUCCGAAGAUCCAAUACCCAAGAAGAACAACAAAAUUGUGUUUAUGAAAUCAAAUAUAGUGACUGUAAUGCAACGUAUUUAGGUGAAACAUCAAG